AAACGCGCUUCCAGCAGCGCGAGACUGACACGGAGCUUCACACUGACCGCUGCCUCUCAAACAGAAGACUGUACAAAAGAGUAAAGUUUCAUGGGGGACUGCUGGAUCUUACCUUUCGUUGAGAUAAAUAUUAUUAUUGCGUUUUGAGUCAUGAUUAAUUUGUAUUCUUCAACCCACGAGGACGUUUGUUGAUUUUACAAGAACCCCUUCAACCUGGGACUUCUGAGUGGACUAAAGCCAGCAGAGGGGGAUUCGGGGUGAAGGAAGAGACGAGGGAUUAGGGGCUAAUCCUGGACAUGACCAAUCCUUAAGGAGCCUCCGUCAAGCCGUACUAUUGCCCAGAUUAUUACAUUUAAUUUAUUGCCUUUUAAAGACACUUUAUCUCCCUUGGGGGAUUCCUGGUGAGUGGGCCGCUGGAUUUGAGUAUCUUUAAAAACAAAGGAUCAGGAACUGAGGCCAGUGGGAGUAGAGGAACAUGAGGAGAGUAUACAUGCAGGGAUAAAGCAACAAACCUCCCUGCCGCCUCAUACUCCAGCAGGGUGCGGGUCAGAGGUCACUGAAUGAACUUGGAUUGGGAAUGUAUGCGGUCACAUUGAUUACACAAAACUGAUUAAGAGCAUGUAGCAGCAGAUUCUCUGGGCCUUACUAAAGAAGGAGCACAAGGUUUCAGUCCUAAACCACAAAGAUAUCUGCAGCCAGAGCUGAAUUUAUUUCUGAACUGAUUUUUUUUCAGAAACACAAACCCAGAACAACUGUGAAGCCCAGAAUCUUUGACCACAUAUGCAGCAGAGGUUUUCAGGAAUUGGAGUCAUGCACAUUUUCAGCUCACAUUUAUCUUCACCGAAUCUUUCUGGAUAUGAACAAAGACCGAUGGCCAAAAUGGGACAUAGCUGAAUGUGUGUGCCUUUUGAGAAACUGUGAAAAGAAACUUUCCACUCAACUGCGGUUUUUAUUCUUUUGAGAUAUUUUGAAGCUUGAACAGCGAUACGUGUAUAAUUUGCUUUCUUACAUUGUUCUCACCAUUUUUUAAAAAUAAUUUUUGUGGAGUUUUUUUUUACUGGCUCUGGAAACCUACGAUUUGUACCUGGAAAAGUCAUGAACUUGGGCAAGUUGUCUGGCCUGAAGGGCCUGGUUUCCCACUCCUCAGGAAAGCGUCGUUUUAAAGGUGACCUCACCCCGGACAUGAUCAGUCCCCCAUUGGGCGACUUCCGCCACACCAUGCAUGUGGGCCGUGGAGGGGACGUGUUCGGGGACACCUCGUUCCUCAGCAAUCAUGGUGGAGCAGGAAAUAACGCAGAUGGAGACUCCUCCUCCACUUCAGAGAAGAAUGAAGGAUUCUUUUCCCGCACGCUUCGCCAUGUCCGCAAGACCCCCGACAGGCACCGCGGCGGAUCCAAGGAUCUUUCACCCCCACCUCCACCCAUUUCUCCAAUCAUAAAGAAUGCCAUUUCCCUACCCCGGCUGGACGUGGACUCACCCAACGGCUGUCCUGUGAAAGUGCUUUUUCCCAGUUCACCCAAAACACCAGAGAACUCCACAUGCUUAUAUGGUUUGGAGUCUGGCUUUGUGACCUUGCCGAGACUGUCACGCACUGAGCGUCCAGCCCAGGGCAGCUCUCCCCCAGCCUGUCCUCCUGAAAUCCAUAGAGGCUCGCUUACAGACACGGGUAUCCCGUCCUUCCCCUGUUCAGACUCCGUCAGUCCUUCUGACUCCAUGAACUCUUUCACCCUUGAUCUGGGCCCUUCCCUCAUGUCUGAAGUCUUUGCCAUGAUUGACAGCCCUGUGUGUGAAAUAGCCAGUCCCAUCAGUGAAAAGUCACCGUCCACCGAUAAUAACUCUGAAGUGGACUCGGACGCAACCACGUCCUUGGUGGACUCUCUCCUGAGAGAAGACGAUGACGGUAGGACGCGGUUGUAUGGAGGAGAGUGGAAGCAUUCAGACUUUGUGAAUGGUGAGUCACCCAAAAAAUCCAUGCUGGGGGAUCGGAUGCACUCCUACUCUGUUGAGGAUCACGGCAUGGAGCCGGAGAGUUUCCAGAGGGCUGCUGAUGUGCUGGCACGUCAUUAUGGGAGUGGAGGACUCAGGAAUACAAACACCAACAACUCUCACAGGAGAGGACCGUACAACUAUGCUGAUGAGGAGGACGAGAUCAAAGUCUAACACUACGAGAUGCCUAAAGUCCAAAUCACACAGCACUUUUAAAGGGAUAGUUCAGCCAAAAAAUGAAAAUUCUGUCUUUAUCCACCCUCAUGUUAUUCCAAACCCAUUUCUUUCUUCUGUGGAACACAAAAGGCCACUCUUUUCGUUAUAAUGGAAGUGAAUGAGGACUGGCCCUGUCAAGCUCCAUAAUGCUAAAAAGCACAAUACAGUUAUCAUAAAAGUAGAUUAAAUGACUUGUGUGAUAUAUAUUCCAAGUUUCUGAAGCCAUUUUACUGCAUCAUGUGAUAAAGCGGCAACAAUUCCUGGUCAGUUCAAUUUGUG